AUGGAGGGCAAAAAGUUUGCUAUGGUGUUGCAGAUUAUUAAUCUUCUUGGCUUCAUUUUCGUGUUUGAUCCGUCACUAGUAGCUGCAGAUGAGGAGCAAAAUGGCAUGCAAACUUAUAUUGUUUGGGUAGAAAAGCCGCGGGUUUCUCUGGAACCUUCUGCACUGUCUCAUGAAGACUUGGAGAGGUGGUAUCGGUCAUUUUUGCCAGAAAAUAUGAUUGAAAGCUCGAAGCAGACGCGAAUUUUCCAUGCAUACCACAAUGUGGCAACUGGAUUUGCAGCAAAGCUGACAGCAGAGGAAGUGAAAGCAAUGGAAAAGAAACAAGGGUUUGUUUCUGCUCAUCUGGAGGCUAUUCUGCCUUUGCACACAACUCAUAGUCUCAACUUCUUGGGUUUGCAGCACGGAUCGGGAUUUUGGAAAGGAGCAAAUUAUGGUAAAGGUGUGAUCAUUGGAGUUUUGGAUACCGGGAUUUCACCCGAUCAUCCCUCAUUUAGUGACAAAGGAGUGCCUCCUCCUCCAGCUAAAUGGAAAGGCAAAUGUGAGUUUGAUGGGGCAAUAUGUAAUAACAAACUUAUUGGUGCAAGAAGUUUUGUAGACGGGCAACCUGCAGGAGGUCCUCCAUUUGACAGAGAAGGCCACGGGACACACACAGCCAGCACAGCUGGUGGAAAUUUUGUGAAACACGCCGCAGUGUUUGAAAUGGCCAAAGGCACAGCUGUUGGCAUGGCGCCGUAUGCUCAUUUGGCAAUCUACAAAGUAUGCUCAAUUUUGGGUUGCUUCGAGGGUGACAUUUUGGCUGCCUUUGAUGCUGCUGUUGAUGAUGGCGUGGAUGUGAUCUCGCUUUCAGUUGGGGGUCCAUCUGGUCCUUUUUAUACAGAUGGGAUUGCAAUUGGCGCAUUCGGAGCAAUGCAAAAGGGAAUUUUUGUGAGCUGCUCUGCCGGAAACUCUGGUCCUUCCUAUUCUAGUUUAUCAAAUGUGGCCCCAUGGAUUCUCACCGUUGGCGCCAGCACUAUUGACAGAAGCAUAAGAGUAACGACACGUCUUGGGAAUAAGAAGGCAUACAAUGGGGAAUCUCUCUUCCAGCCUAAGAAUUUUAGCUCAAAUUCAAAAUUAAUGUUACCCCUUGUGUAUGCAAGCACAAUUGGCAACACUUCUUCCCCCUCUUGCGAACAUGGUACGCUUGAAAAUGUUCGAGGGAAAAUAGUGCUGUGCGAGAGAGGCGGAAUGAGCGGAAGAGUCGACAAGGGGGCAGAAGUGAAAAGAGCUGGUGGUGCUGCCAUGAUUCUCAUGAACCAAGAGAUUGAUGGCUAUAGCACAUCAGCUGACCCUCAUGUGCUUCCCGCAACACAUGUGAGUUAUGCCGCGGGGUUGAAAAUUAAGUCUUAUAUAAAAUCAUCCUCCAAACCAACAGCCACAAUUUUACUCAAAGGCACUGUUAUUGGAGAUUCGCAAGCUCCCAGUGUCGCUUCGUUUUCAUCAAGAGGACCAAGCAUUCCAAGUCCUGGGAUUUUGAAACCGGACAUCAUUGGUCCUGGUGUUAGCAUCCUAGCAGCAUGGCCUGUUCCAGUGGACAAAGCCAUAAAGUCUAAAGCAACGUUCAACAUAAUUUCGGGUACUUCAAUGUCAUGCCCUCACCUAAGUGGCAUUGCAGCUCUGCUCAAGAGUUUCCAUCCCGACUGGUCUCCAGCUGCAAUUAAAUCAGCAAUCAUGACAACCGCAGAUGUACAUAACCUCGGAGGUAAAUCCAUAAUUGAUCAAACACUUAGGCCAGCAGACAUUUUUGCAAUAGGUGCAGGCCAUGUUAACCCUACAAAAGCAAAUGACCCCGGGCUCAUAUACGACACACAACCGAAUGAUUAUAUCCGUUACUUGUGCGGUUUGAAAUACACAGAGAAACAGAUACAAAUCAUCACCCAACAAAAAGUAAAAUGCUCAAAAGUAGGAUCAAUAUCAGAAGCACAGCUAAAUUACCCUACUUUUUCUCUCAUAGUAGGUUCCAAUAACAAGACUUGGUCUCAGCUUUACACAAGGACAGUGAAGAAUGUCGGGCCGGCUAAUUCUACUUACAAGCUAGAAAUUUUAGCACCACAAAAGAUGAAUGUGGAUGUGAGUCCACCGGAGCUUAGAUUCCUGAAAGCCAACCAGAUCAUUACGUACCGUGUGAAGUUCACGGCACAAACGGGUGCAGGGAAGGAAGGUGUAUCAUUUGGUCAAGGAUAUUUGAGAUGGGUUUCUGAUAAGUAUAAGGUGACUAGCCCUAUUGCUGUGCUCUUUUGAGACUUGAGGAAAAUUAAAUCUUGCCUUGGUCUGGGUAGAAUAAGAAUCCUUUUUCGAGAUAUACAAAGUAUGAGAUUUCACUAAGUUGAUUCUUAGGAAAUCUUGAAUCAGACCAUUUGCACUUACUUCAAUAAAGGAAGAGAGGGCCUCGGCGAUAGAAGAAUUUUUUUUAUCUUGGUCAGAGUUUAAUAGUAAACAGGUCCGAGCUAAUUG